UUCCAAGGAUGUCGAAUGAACCUAGACUCGACUUUCAAAUGCUUGACUCAACGGGUUCGGAAUACUAUAGUUGGGUAACCGACGUUGAGAACCACCUCACUUCAAGAGGGAUAUUGCCCAUAAUUCAAGCUCCUAAUCCAGGCCUUGUGUUCCAAAGAACACCUACAAAGCAUGCACAAGCUAUUAUCUUGAUGCGGCGCCAUAUGGAUAAAGCUCUCAGACUAGAGUAUAUGUCAAUGAGAGAUGCUCGAGACUUAUGGGUAGCGCUAGAAGAGCGUUUUGGUAAUAUCCAAGAUACCCUCCUCCCUGACUUGAAGGUUCAGUGGAAUAAUAUACGCUUCUCCGACUUUAAGUCUGUUGCAGAAUAUAAUUCGGAAGCUCUUCGACUCCAAGCCAUGUUGAAGUUCUGUGGAAAGCCUCUCACAGAAGAUGAGCUACUUGAGAAGACUCUCUCCACCAUUCCCAUCUCAGCAAUUGUGAUAUCAAAGCCCAUUGGAACCAAGAGCGUCCGUGAGGCAAAUUAUAAUGCACCCAAAAAGGGGCGCAAACAGCAAUACCCUAAUAAUAAGGGACAAGAAAGGCGUACGGGCCCAUAUAACCACCCCAAUAAAGAGAGAAACCGCAACUUUAAAGUGGACACUCGUGGUGGCAACUUCACACGUGGUGGUAACUCCACACGUGGCAACUUCACACGUGGUGGCAACUCCACACGUGGGAGAGGUGAAUAUAAUAACAAUAUGGGCCAUGGAGGUCGCAUCAUAAGGCGUGGUAGUAGCAGUAACCCUCCUAGGGAAUAUCCACAACAUGGAGAAACUGCACCUCCAAUGAAAGGAGGCAACCAUAAUGACGUGUGUCAUAGAUGUGGAUCAAUCGAGCAUUGGCUCAAACAAUGCCGUGCAAGUACUAAACUAGCUGCAAGCUACAAAGAGUAUAGGCAAAACAGGGAGCAAGAAUCCAACCUUGCCGAAAUGAAGAUAGUGAAGAUGUCAAUCUCACAAUAG